AUGGACAGCCCAAAGAAAGAGAAUGCAGUCAGAGACGUACUCAGCCCAGUUUUUUCUCAUCCAAAUAAAGGUGUCAGCGAUAUAGACCAGAGCUUUGCUGUUAUUGGCAGUAAGCAUCAUUACAGCCGGGCUGUCUGCGGUACCUCAGAAGAUGGUGCUUAUUCUUCAUCCGAAUCUCUCGAAAGAACCUCCUCACCAGCGAGAAAACGCAGAAAGGCGACCCGAAAUGGAGCGAAAGAACUACCACAUGGAUCAAGAAUUGCAGAACAACGUGACGAACUCGUUCAAUCCGUCAUCAUCCUUGGCAGCAAGGUUGACCCUUCACCCCCAGCAUACCGUGAUUGGCUGCUAUUAAAGUCAGAAAAUCUUCAAGAACGUUUGGACGAAGGGUUGCAAAAGUUCAUGGACGAAAUGGACGGCGGCCACUCUCCAUGCAUGCACCUAGAUCCACCAGCGACGUCCCCAUCUUAUGUUUAUACCAUGAACAACAAAGGCUCACCUAACAGCAGCAUGAAUUUGGAUAAACAGUGUUUAGACUCGCCGCCCGUACUGUCGCCAGGAGCUUCAAUUUCGCCCGUGCCUUCAUCUGUAUCUACGCCUCGAGUUUCAUCCAAGAAGUCGCCAUUCAUUAAACGGGAACAGAGCACAAAAAGCGAGGCGACUUAUUCAGAGCGUCGGGUUUCGCCGAAAUUCAGACGCGUCGAUCGCUACUGGGAUGCGACAGAACAGAAAUACAUAACCAUGGAACCCGCAGCAGAGCCUAGCCAUCGCGAUGCCGCUCAAGUAGAGAAUGCCUUUUUCGUGAUCCGUCGAGAUUUGAAUUGCGACAAAGUCCACGUUAAAACUACUGUAGAGAUCAGAGACAGCUCGCUCAGACGAUGCCUCCAAAACGUCAUAGGAAAUAUCUCUGGUGUCAACUUUGCCGAGGGCAAUCCUGUACUUGAUCCAAAGACUUUGUUUCUCUACCUGGAUGAUUUCCGAAGCCAUUACGAAUUGGCGGAAGCCACACUCUAUAACAUAAAUGGGUGUCGGCCGAAGGAAAAGUGGGAUGAGAUUUUCGAAAAGAGGAGAUGUCUAGGAAUUCUUAUCGAAUACCUGGAACAAGAUUUUGCAGAAGCCAAAAGGAAUCUCGAUUCAAUGCUGAGCAAAGGAGUCAUAACAUUUGACUUAUCGUGGGCACUCUGGAAGCCCUCUACGCUGAUAUACUCGCCUACCUAUCGAUACCAUGACGUUCCCAGUGUGUCUGUAGUGAGUUGUACAGACAAACGGAAGAGCCAGUCUUCAACAGACUCGCAAUAUUCUGUGGACUCUAUAUUUGUCGACUUUGACGGCAAAACGCUUGCCUACAAGCCAUUGAAGAGAGAGAUUCAGCAUUUCAAUGGUGCCGUCAACAUCACCAACCUUCCGUUCUACCCACUUCAAUACCAUAAAGACGAAGUCCAAAUUCGCCGUUCAUUAAUCGAACGCGGAGCCAAAUUUGUAUCACUUCAAGGAAUACAUCACAAAUCAUUUACGGGGAUCGCGUUCCAGCUGGUCGACGGUAAAAAUGAGACAAUGGCAAGAUGUCUCGAGGAACAGAGCAGGAUAAUGGUAGAUCCAGUGGGCUUUCGAAAAGCACAUCCGGAGUUUUUUAAGAUAAGAGACUUGCCGAGCCAAUAUACGACUGAUGACGAAACUUUCAACGACGGUGUCCAACCCCAGAGUCUCAUGGACCUAUGUACUGAAACGGCGGCGGAUGACCAGCAUAACCUUGCAAGCGAUGUGGAAUUAAUCAACGACUCACACAUCAGCUCAAACACAUCACCACAGAGGGAGUACACGAAAAAAGCAAAUCUAGAGAUGGCAACGAACAACCUUUUGCUUAUAUGCUCCCCCGUUGUAGUGGGAUAUUCUCUUGCUAGCUUGGAAUGGCUAGAGUUUGAUGUGCGUGGAAUCGAAGAAGUCAAUUGGAAUGAGGAAGCAUGGGAUUCUCUUGUACUUGAUGAGAAGAUGAAAGAGUUGAUAAAGGCUUCCGUGGCGUCUCGCGUCUUUAACUCGGCAUUUGACGUCAAUAACCAAUUGCUGGCGAAGAGGAAAGGGUUGACCAAAAAAUAUGACUACCUUGGCGCCGAACGGAAUAAUUUGGUAGCCACCGUUUCACGGCACCUAGAGUCUUUUCGAGGCAUCAUCUUCUUAACAUGCAAUACCAUCCAGAUCAAGGUAUUCGAAGAGGCAUAUCAAUCGCGGAUUGACUUUGUCCAAAAGUUUGAAAAGCCAGACAGAAAAGGUAAAAGCAUCAUCCUCGAGCGAGCCAUUCGCCGAGUUACGGGUCAGGAUCUCUGGAAGACCGAGGCAUUCAGUGAUAAAGACUAUGGGAAACUCGUGGAGAACAACCUCAGUGGCCGCGACGUUGAGCGAGCAGUUGAGCUGGCCCUGAGUUUGGCAGAGGCGAGAAAGGAGGCGCUCGGGGUACGGCAUUUGCGGGAUGUCAUGGAUAUGCAAGAGAAGUUUAGGUGCGAUUUUGGAAGGAAGGAUUAUCGGGAUUACUUUUCCUAG